UUCGUUAAAAUCCCGUCUAAUGCCUUUUCUCUUUGGGUGGUCUGAGCGUCCAAGACGAACCUAAAUAUUGCGAUGCCAGGACAGUGAGAAGGUGGAUCUCAGUGGCAUGGCUCCGUCCCCGAGGAACUGCAGAUGUGAGAUGUUCUUUCUGUCGGGAUGCAUACUUCUGUCCUUCUUGGGAUUUCAACCUGCACUGGCGAAGGUUUGCCACGAUUACACAAGGCACGGCCUGGACAACAACUGGUACACGAGGGACGGUGAGAAGUUGCCCAUCAUGGUCCUGAUGCCGAUGAACGAAUCAGCGCUGAUGAGCAGCAUCAGUCAAGGAAUUGAACCGGCCGUUCAGCUGGCCAUCCAACACAUACGCGAGACUAGGCAGUACUCCUUCUCGCUCAUCACCAAAAUCUACGACACAGAGUGUGACAAUGCAAAGGGAUUGCGGGCUUUCUUUGAUGCAAUUUGCUAUGGGCCAAAACAUUUGAUGAUCUUUGGAGGAGUGUGUCCAUCAGUGACUUCAAUCAUCGCUGAAUCAUUAGAGGGGUGGAAUCUCGUACAGCUUUCUUUUGCGGCCACGACCCCUGUGCUGGCAGACAGGAAAAAGUAUCCAAACUUCUUCAGGACGGUUCCAUCAGACAAUGCUGUGAAUCCUGCUGUGGUGAAGUUUCUCAACUUUUACAACUGGAGUAGAGUGGGAACCCUGACCCAGGAUGUGCAGCGGUUUUCUGAGGUACGGAAUGAUUUGACAAAUGAGCUGGAAAAGGCAGAUAUCCAGAUUGCAGACACAGAGAGUUUCUCUAACGAUCCAUGUGUGAAUGUGAAGAAACUGAAGGAUAAUGAUGUUCGGAUCAUCAUUGGCCAGUUUGAUGAGAACCUGGCUUCCAAAGUCUUCUGUUGUGCCUAUAACCUGAACAUGUAUGGCAGUAAGUACCAGUGGAUCAUCCCUGGCUGGUACCAGGGGAACUGGUGGGAACAGGCGAACUCCACAAACUGCACUACUAAGAAGCUGCUGACAGCCAUGGAGGGCUACAUCAGCGUGGACUUUGAGCCUCUCAGUGCCAAACAGGUUAAAGGAAUAUCAGGAAGGACACCACAUGAGUACGAGAGGGAGUACAACCGGGAGCGAGAGCAGAAAGGGGUGGAAGCCAGCAAGUUUCAUGGUUUUGCAUACGAUGGCAUCUGGGUUAUAGCAAAGACCCUCACCCGUGUCAUGGAGCUCCUCAGGCACAAGGAGAGGCACGACAUGUACCACAACUUUACAGUGGAUGACCGUGAGGUGGGCAGGAUGGUCCUGGACGUCAUGAAUGAGACCAACUUCUUUGGAGUGACAGGUCAGGUGAUGUUCAGGAAUGGGGAAAGAAUGGGGACUAUAAAAUUCACCCAGUUUCAAGAGGGUCAGGAGGUGAAAGUGGGCGAGUACAAUGCCAUUGCAGACAUACUGGACCUUAUCAACAACACCAUCAGGUUCCAAGGUGUGGAACCGCCCAAGGAUCGUACAUUUGUGCAGAAUAAACGAAGGCAAAUAAAUGUCCCCCUUUACAGCAUCCUUUCUACAAUUACCAUCCUGGGCAUGGUCAUGGCGGGAGCCUUUCUCUUCUUUAACAUCAAAAACCGGAACCACAGGCUGAUCAAAAUGUCGAGUCCCUAUAUGAACAACCUAAUCAUACUGGGAGGCAUGCUGUCCUACGCUUCCAUCUUCCUUUUCGGUCUGGAUGGAUCCUUUGUGUCAGACAAAGUGUUCGAGACCCUCUGCACUGUCAGAACGUGGAUCCUUAUUGUGGGUUACACAACAGCGUUUGGUGCCAUGUUUGCAAAAACCUGGAGAGUGCACGCCAUCUUCAAGAAUGUAAAGAUGAAGAAAAAGAUUAUCAAGGACCAGAAGCUCUUUAUCAUCGUGGGUGGGAUGUUGCUGAUUGAUUUGUGCAUCCUCAUAUGCUGGCAGAUUGUAGAUCCCCUGAAGAGAACUGUGGAAGAGUACAGCUUGGAGGCGGAUCCUCAGGGACGAGACAUUGCAAUCCGGCCCUUCCUGGAGCACUGCGAGAACACGCACAUGACCAUUUGGCUGGGGAUUGUCUAUGCCUACAAAGGCCUCCUUAUGUUGUUUGGAUGUUUCUUGGCCUGGGAGACCAGAAACGUGAGCAUUCCAGCCCUGAAUGACAGCAAGUACAUUGGUAUGAGUGUGUACAACGUGGGCAUCAUGUGUAUCAUUGGGGCCGCAGUGUCCUUCCUCACACGGGAUCAGCCAAAUGUGCAGUUCUGCAUUGUGGCACUGGUCAUCAUCUUCUGCAGUACCAUCACACUGUGUCUGGUGUUUGUGCCAAAGUUUAUCACAAUGCGUACAAACCCAGAUGCUGCCACGCAGAACCGGAGGUUAAAGGUCACUCAAAACCAGAAGAAGGAAGAUUCCAAGACUUCCACAUCAGUGACGAGUGUUAACCAGGCCAACACGUCCCGUCUGGAUGGACUACAGACUGAUAAUCACCGCCUCCGAAUGAGAAUCACAGAGCUGGAUAAGGAACUUGAAGAGGUUACGAUGCAACUCCAAGACACUCCUGAAAAUACUCCUUACAUCAAACAAAACCAUUACCAAGACGUCAACAAUAUACUGAGCAUACGCAACAUCACGGACGGCAAUGAUGGAAACAAAUCCCUGAAGAAUCACUUAGAGCAGAAACCCCAGGCUCAGUGGGGAUCCAUGGAUCCAUCCAGGAUAAGCAGAGGUCCACUAGAAGACAUCAACUCACCAGAACACGUACAGCGCAGGCUCUCCCUGCAACUACCCAUCCUCCACCACGCCUAUCUACCGUCCAUAGGAGGGGUGGAUGCAAGCUGCAGCAGUCCCACAAGCAGCCCGGCCUCCAGCCCACACCACAGACACAUGCCCCCCUCCUACAGGGUCAUGGUCUCCGGCCUGUGAGCCCUGCCCCAACCAUGUACUCUGAGGAUGCAAUCAGCUUUUCCUUUUUAAAAACAGACUGAGCAAUAUCAGAGGUUAACAUGAACAUGUGAGCAACCCAGUGCGGGGGGGGUCCAAAUCCUCAUGCAUCCGUGACCCCCCUUCCACCAUGGUCACAUCAGAGCAGAACUGAUCUUUCAGGCUAGGAGGGAGGUGACUGGAUGUUGCAGUAACCCACCAAGUCUGCCAUUCUCUCUCAGUUCCGUCACCUCCCGUUCCUAACUCAAUGUACUCAAAGGCCGCCAAAACAGCACGAUCAACAAAGGAAAGGAGCUUGUAGCCUUACCUGCUUCAAAGAUACAGUUCUACUGGCAGCCUUUCAACUCCUUUGACAAUAUCCGUGCACAUUGGUUCUGAUGGAAAUUGCUGGAAGGGAUAUCGAACAAGACCGAGGACUCCUCCUAUUCACCAUGCCAACAGCCAUGUAAAUACCAUAUUGGAACAUCAAAGUGAGCUUUGAAUAUCCUGUGAAAUGUAUUAUUUGGGGGCAUAUUAUUCUGAUGAGGCCAGGUGCUCUGGAAAACUUUACAAACAGUGAUCAAACCAGGAAACAGACACAUUCAACAUUACAAACUGGUUGGUAUGAAUUUGUUGUAUUGCUUCAGUGUCCACAUAUUGUGAAAAAAUGGUUAAUGGUAAACAAUCUCUUUUUUUAGCUAAAAAGGACAAGCAAGUGUUUCAGGGUAACACAUACCAACUGUUCUUGUGUGGAUUAACAUGUACUGCAUUUUUGUAGAGUCACACCAAAUUGUUUCUUCAAAAACAGCUGCAUCACAUAGGCCUGACAUGGUAACAGAAUAUCAAAACAACAACUUUAAAAUAUCCUCAUAUUAUGUCAUAUGCCAAAAUAUGUCAUAUUUGAGGCAAAGACUGAUAAAAAUGACAGUGACCUCAGUGAGUCCCAGCAAAGAAAGCCUCUGGUAAACAAGUAUGUGAACAUAAAAAGCCUGCAUAGGCAAAACUGGGGAGAGCACAAAUGUAUUGUUCAGGUGUGGCGGUUUUAGAGGGUCAGUCUUCCAUUACAACCGAGUGAGGCCAUCCCAAAUACUGGGCAGUUCAAGCCACACCCCGGACCACUGAGUGGGACUAAAAUGUGCAGUUUCAGCCCCACGCUAUGGACGCAGAAUGGCCGUCAUGUGAUUGGGCUGUAACAGAACAAGAAGACUCACAAAUGGCUAAACUAACAGGGAAGUGGUACUCCAUGCAGUGCCAAACCAAGAUAUCCUCGCAAAAAAGCUGCGAGGACACACAAAAGUACUGGUCCACACAACACAAAACAAGAAAUAUAGGCUAUUGUAUUAAACAGCUUGGUUGAAAAAUUAGCACAAGUGUAAUUAAUGUAAUAAGAGCAAGACACGGAUGAACAAAGACUCAUGUUGACAUUCGUGUCUCUCAGUUUCUCCCUCCCACUUUUUAUUUUCUCUUCUUUGAAAACAUUUGUAAAUUUUCAAUGGUUGUAGCUUGGGUUAAAAGGGCUUGGAUGAGAAUAUCGAUCCUUUUUCAAGGGAGAAAUGGUAAAGAGUUUUGAGAGUUUUACAUUGUGAUGUAAAUCACCUAGCCCCUAGCAACAGUGAACUUACCUCAAAGUUGCUAUAGAAAUGUUACUGUGCUGUGAACUUUGCACAAAGUCUUGCAGAGAUAGGAAGUGUCAGCGUAUUGCAGUUGUCAUUCUAAUUUUGUCAAUCUAUAUCGAGACAACAAAGGAAAUUUAAUCAAAAUCAGAAUUAUCGGAAAUAAUCUAUGUAUCAUCCAUAUCAAAUGCAAUUGAGUUUGUUUCAGCUGAUAUCUCACCAUCGGUGUCUUGGUUUUAGUUUUUGUCAGAUUUGUUAAGUGUGUGCCUGUUGUCUUACCAUAGCCUGAUAGACCGAAUUAUGUUGACUAGGUGACAAAAACAAGUUGUAACGCAUAUGAUCAUACGUAAACACAUCGAGAGUUUCGUUAACUUGUGACUUCAGUCUGUUUGGUUAUUAGCCGAUGAGAACACAACAUGCAUUGGUAUUUAAUGUCUUUUCAUGGAAGCAAGAAAAGAAUGAAAAAUAAUAGAGGUGCAUUCGCUAACAGCCGCAGGUGUAAUUGUACCUCAUGCUCACUAGCGUGUCACAGUGAUGAAGACCUUUAAAAACAACAACGCAAACAGAUACGCAAAAAUCCCACAACGCCACGGGAAUUUAUGUAAACUUGUCUUAAUAUGAUGGCCAAGACCUACUCUUAAGUUUAUAGCAUAUGAUUUGUUAUUCCAGUUUCGUUUUGUUUUGUAAAAUCGGAGAGGAUGGUCUACAUUGAUGAAAUUUCGAUAUUUGACUCAAUUUUUCCAGUAUAUGACCUGAAGUUUAAUUUAACAAUCAGUUCUUAUUUCCAAGUUCUUUUCAUUUUCAACCUAGUUAUAUAUUCUUAACUACUGUAUGUCUUUGUAAUAUAUUGUUUGACACAUUGAGCAAUCAGUAUCAAUAAUAAAAGGAAUAUCCCUGCUCGAUUGACCGCUUUUGUGGAAUAAUGUUGAUUAUCAAAGAAAUUAAUUUCAACUUGUUUUCAACUUCAGGGUUACAGUGAGGCACUUACAAUGGAAGAGAAUUGGGCCAAUUCGUAAAUGUUAAAAUACUCACUGUUUCAAAAGUAUAGCCACAACAAGAUGUAAACAAUAUGUGUUUUUACAUGAUUGUAGUGUGAUAAAAUCACUUAUUUAAUCAUUUUUCUGUGAAAAGAUAGAUCUAACUUUACUACUUCAUUGCCAUAACACUGUAAACCCUGUAAUAAUGAUUUAAGAAUUUUUAACAGAAGAAUUAAUGUAAUUUUAAAAGUUUUACAUUUCUACAUUUAAACACUCCAACAACUGUCCCCAUUCACUACGAUUGCAAUUCCCUCAUUAAAACCUUGAUUUUUUUCUUUUCUUUUUUUUUUUAAAAGGGGGUACAGGUCAAAAUUCAUUUUUAUGGUUAUCAGCAUUUUGCCACAAAUGCUGUCGUCUGAGCUUAGCUUGUGUAGAACCAGGAACAUUUCUUGGUAAAACAAUACCUUUGGACAUAAUCAGAGAAAUUAAGCAUUGAAAGAUAAUAUAUCCAGUUUAGUAUAAUGUACCUUUUAUUUUCUUAUUACAACCCAAUCUACCCAAAUAUAGUAUAUACAGAUAAUACUCCAUAAUUACUUUUAUUAAUAAAUCAUUAACAGACAUUAUAUUCUGCUUAACGGAUCAGUAAUUUAUGUAGACUGAAUAAUUGAUGUAUAUGAAAAUAUAUGAAUCUAAGUUUUGUGACAUGACCUAAGUGAAUGUACAUGAAUUAAUGAUUUGUUAAGCAUUAUUUUAUGUAAUGUUUGUUAUUGUUUUGGUAAUACUUUGCAGUAAGGUUGUAUUGGUUAAUAUUAGUUAACUACAUUGGUUAACAUUAACUAUGGUAUUUUUU